GGGAACCAACCUCAGAUUGAUUGGUAUAAACAAACACAACGAUGAUAUGAUGGGUAGAUUUUGCCUGUACUACAUAACGUUGGAGGCCACGGAUACAUCCAACUCCCUUUGCGAUUUUCAGACUUGUGUUUGCCAAGAUUAUUCUCCCAAAGACGCAUCCUUUAUGGUGCAGACCGAAAUUUCCAGACUGAAAGUUCCUGCUGGCCCUCGGACUACUUUUAUUGGGCCUCAGAGGAGAUGGAAAGAUGAUGCAGUAGAUGAUUCUUACAAAGGUAAAAUGCCGACCUGGUUGACGGACCAAGACCUGGCUAGCAAUAAGGGGCAUUUUUAUGAGUUGCAAGAAUUAGACUGGCAAGGAAUUGAGUGGCUUCAUAUGUACGCUGAGUUUGCUUUUUACUCCAAAAGCACUUCAUAUACGACUGACUUGAAGCCUUUUCUACCACUUGAUAUAAAGAAGAUAAUUGUACAAACUCUGGAAAACAGAGAAGCGUCACCACAUAUGAUAGACAAGGCCACCAACGCCAUCUUCUACAUAAGUUUCAAGGGAAAUGGUGAUCCGACUGGUACACCUAUGGAGUACCAAGCUAUUGUAAGGAGAACCAUGGAUGGGAUGCCGGGACACAUUUGCCUUGAAUUUGACUGCUUGGCCUACAAGUCCAGUUGAAUGUAUUCGGAUAUAUGUCCCUCUUAAAUUUAUGUAACUAGGUUUGAACCCAGCGGGACAAACUUUUAUAUACUGUAUUUUGAGUUAUAAUGUCAUUUACCUAUGUUUUAAAAUUCUUAUUUAUGACUAAACUAUCAAUUAAACCCUCUC